AUGACUGCGUCAAAAAGCCCUAUAUGGCUGGCAACUGCCGGGCGCAAAUUAUUCUUUAGCGCAUACAAGGAAGAUGAGAAGCUUCGUGGUGAAUGGGAGAAUAAUGAUAAAUCAGAUAAGUUUGUAAAGAGAGAUGAAAUUUUCGUCGCCGAACGCAAAAUUGUAAACUAUGUCAAUGUGCCUACGGCAGCGGACCCAGAGAUUGCCCACACAUUUCUCCAAAUCGCUCAAUUGUUUUUUGAACGAGUAUGGAAAAGAAUAUUCACAAUUACGUCAGUCCAGCGGCUUCGAAACUUGUACAAGAUGGAAGCACAAAAACACAACGAUGAACGGCAAGAUAAUUCUCAUCUGGUUCCAUAA